UGAUAUUGUUUACCAAAGUUAGCAUCUCCAUUUAUUUCAAGUGUUUGGUUAGGUGCAAGAAGUUUAUCAUCUAUUGCUCUGACUCUUCAUAGAUUUUUUUGCUUUGUAAACUUGAGAAACAUUUCAAAGUCAAACUUGUGUCAGCUUUUUACAGUGUAUUUAAAGUUUAAUAAAUUGUUUUAAAAAAGGAUAGUGCUGUCAAUUUGUUUUCUUCUGUAUGUAUUUUAAACAUGUGAAAAUGGCAGCUAAAAUGGAAAAAUAGGUGGGUGUAAUUUUAAAAAAACAAAAAAACAAGCAGCUGGAACAAUGCUUCCUGGAAAUACGGUCUGCUGCAGUUUUUUACGCUCUAAGUUCCUAGGUUCAGACUUAGGAAAUCAGAAUGAGUAAAUGGUCUAGAAGAAGAUGAGUAACAUAAAAGAGCAUAUGAUUUUUGACUUUUCAGAUUUCCCGAGUAACGAGUCUGAAAACAUCAUGGUGAACGUAUCCCACAAGCCCUUCACCUGUGACACUGAAAAAGACCCCCUGUUCCUGUACCAUACUCUGCUCCAGCCACUAGUCUUCAGCAUGGUGUUUCUGCUGGGCCUCUCAGGAAAUGGCCUCCUGCUGCUGGUCUUGCUGCAGCGUCGUGCUCACCUACGCAUGACUGACAUCUAUCUGCUGCAUCUGGCCCUGGCUGAUCUGCUCCUGCUCCUUACCUUACCUUUUGCAGUAAUCCAAGUGCUGACAGGCUGGAUCUUUGGGAACUUCCUGUGCAAGCUCGUAGGCCUGUUAAUCCGCCUGAAUCUGGUGUGUGGGAGUCUUCUCCUUGCAGGCAUUGGUUUUGAUCGCUACCUCGCCAUUGUUCAUGUUGUCUCCAGCCUCCAGACCCGUCGGCCCCAAACAGUUCAUCUCAUCUGUGCUCUGCUCUGGCUAUUUUGUCUUGCUCUCUCUGUGCCCGAUGUAGUAUUUCUUUCUGUGGGACCCAGAAGGAAUGGCGAUACAUGGCUACAGUGUCACUUCAACAACCAUGGCAUCCAUGCUCACGACUGGUUCCUCGUUAGUCGGUUCCUGACACACGUGUUGUGCUUCCUCCUGCCCUUAGUCAUCAUGGGCUACUGCUACACCGCUGUGGUGUUCACCCUGUACCACAGUCAACAGAGUCUGGAGAAGCAGGGGGCUAUUCGUCUGGCUAUGGUGGUAACCCUGGUUUUCUGCUUGUGCUGGCUACCCUAUAACAUAACCCUUUUUUUGGACACUCUUGUGAGGCUAGGGCUUCUGUCUCAGAAAACCUGUCAGUCUCGCGAUGCACUGGCUCUGGGUCUGCUAGUGACUGAGAGCAUUGGUUUUAUUCACUGCUGCCUUAAUCCAAUCCUUUAUGCCUUUGUAGGGGUGCGUUUUCGUAAUGAUCUUCUGAGAUUGCUGCCAAAACAAUUCCGUGUCUGUGGGCCCAUGCUAUGCGCCAGAUGCUUCAGCAAGGUAUCUGUCUCAGACACGGCUACCACCACCACCACUACUAGCCAAUACAUAUGAGCACAGAAACUGGAAAGAAACUCGCUGAAAGUAUGCAAUCAUUCAAUGAUGAGAGUCCUUUUUUCUAAAUAAAAGCAGAGCUUAUUUUAAUUUUGACCCUCUUAGCCGUCUGUCUGAUAAUCUAUGGCUUACACAUUUAACUAUGCAGUGAUGCAAUUCUGGAAAAAAUAUUUACAGAGCAUGCAUGAGUGUGCAGGAUAUCUGAAUGAGAUUCUACUUUUAUCAUUGUAAAUAUUCUAUGCCUACAGUUUAACAUUUCCCAUAGCUGGUGAGUGCUCUUCAAAGUAAUAUUUGAUGCAAGAUAACAGACAUAAGAGAUUUAAAAAAAUAAAACAGUUUCCCUGA